AUGAAGGAGAUCGCCGAGUUGCUGGCUGCCACUCGGAUUUACACUCGGUGCAAGAUCCCUACAAUCGAGACCAUUCGGCAGGAGCGCCUCCAGAGGGUUCAAGAAGAGCUUGAUACUGUUGCGCAUCUUGAUGAUGUUUUGUCGAGCCACAACCUUCAAGGUGUCGACUUAGCAGACGUCGAGAAGCUGAAGCGGAUGAUCACGAGGCUAAGAGCGCAAGAGCAGGAACUCGCUUUUCAUCGGGGCCUUCUGAGAGCUCAGCAAGAGUUUUCAGGCCCCAAGGGUGAUUACUCUGCGGAGAACUUUGCGUUCGGCAGCACCCCGUUCCCGACGUGGCUGAACCUCUUCACACAAAGCACCGUGGUGGAUGCCAUCGCACGUGCUUCGAAACCUGCAAAGCUAACGGUCUUUGGGUCGUCCUCUGGGUCGCUCGUGCUCUUCGCAGCCAUCGCACUCGGUCUCUCUAGCGUGGGUGUCGAGAUCCUGCCGUUCCUGCAUGAGCAGGCCGAGCAAACCCGCGAAGGUCUUCGCAUUCCCGAGGACAAAUGCCGCUUCAUCUGCGCCGACAUGCUCACGGUGCCACUGCAGGACACCGCCAUCCUCUUACUUACGUCCCAGUGCUGGGACGCCGAGCUGUACCAGCAGGUCCAACGCAAGCUCGAGACCGAGCUCCGGCCCGGGACGCUCGUCCUGGACUACAAAAACACCCUGCAACGGUCCCAGCACUUCAGAAUGGCCCAGCAUCUUGCAAACCAACGCGUGUCCUGGACCAACUCCCAGUCUCUUUUCAUCUUCCAACGCGUUGACUAG